UUUCACAAGUAGGAGCAGCGAGACUCCCAUCAUAACAAGCAGAGCUCAGCUGACUGACGGGCACACCAGUAGAAGUGCUUGUGCCAGCUUGUUUCGUUACGCUGUGUGAAAGUGGAACCGGGACUUUGAGCCUCUUGCUGAGCUGCCUGUCCUCACCUGACGUAGAGGCUGCAGACAAACAGCUCUCGGAGGUCACCAGCUGUCAGAGCAAUGAGGCUCCCCGCGCUGCUGCCCUCUUUCGGGCUGACAGCCUGUGCUCUGCUGUUAUUGUUGCCCCUGUUUGGGUCCUGUCAUCCAGUACAGACCUCAGGGAAACCCAAGCUGGUGUUCCUGGAGGAAAUUAGCCCCACAAGGACCGGAUUUAACUGGAAAAAUGUCACCUGCCCCCUGUGCAAAACCGUCUUCACCAUCCUUGAUAUCGCCCUUUUGAGUGACGCAAAUGAAGAGCGAGUGGCACGAGCAGUAGGCGAAGCAUGCAUCCGUCUCCAUUUGGCUGAUGAGCAGGUGUGUCGUGAAAUCACGGAGUUGUUCAGGGAUGACUUCAUCCGGGCCCUGCAGCAGUCUUUGCUGUGGCCUACUGAAGCAUGUGCCAUACUGGUGGGCCCUUCCUGUGGCAAAUUUGAUAUCUACGCAUCGUGGAACAUCACCUUGCCUAAAGUUCCUAAGCCCCCUGUUACACCACCCUCUCCUCCCAAACCUGGUUCUCCACAGAGCAGGGUCCUAUUUCUAACUGAUAUCCACUGGGACCAGGAGUAUGAAACUGGCAGCUCAGCAGACUGUAAAGACCCUCUGUGUUGCCGUAAAGACUCUGGCUCUCCCAGCUGGCGGCGGAGGGAGGCUGGGUAUUGGGGAACCUACAGUAAGUGUGACCUGCCGUUACGGACGGUGGAGAACCUCCUGGAAAAUGUUGCCAAAGCCGGACCCUGGGAUUGGGUCUACUGGACCGGAGACAUACCAGCGCACAAUGUUUGGUCACAGACCAGGAAACAACAGCUGUCUGAGCUUACAGUCAUCUCCAGGCUCAUCCACAAACACCUGGGACCUAAUGUGACCGUUUACCCUGCUGUAGGGAACCACGAGAGUACGCCAGUGAACAGCUUCCCACCGCCUUUUAUUCAUGGCAACAGAUCCUCCGCCUGGCUCUAUGACAGCAUGGCAGAGGAGUGGGCACCAUGGUUGCCAGAGCAGGCUUUGAAGACUCUGAGAUAUGGAGGAUUUUACACAGUGGAGAUUCAGCCUGGUCUGAGGGUUGUCUCACUCAACAUGAACUUUUGUGCUCGAGAAAACUUUUGGCUGAUGGUGAACUCUACUGAUCCUGCUAACCAGCUACAGUGGCUAGUCCAUAUUCUCCAGGCCAGUGAGGACAAGGGAGAGAAGGUACAUAUUAUUGGUCACAUUCCACCCGGCCUAUGUCUUGACAGCUGGAGCUGGAACUACUAUCACAUUGUCAACAGAUAUGAAAGUACAAUUACAGGGCAGUUUUUUGGCCAUACACAUCUGGAUGAGUUCCAAAUGUUCUAUGAUGAGGCAACCAUGACCCGCCCAUUGGGAGUAGCAUUCAUCGCUCCCAGUGUCACCACCUUUGUUAAUCUCAACCCAGGUUACCGUGUCUACUAUGUUGAUGGGAAUUACAAAGGCAGCUCUCGGCUGGUGCUUGAACAUGAAACCUACAUCCUCAACCUCACAGAGGUAAACCACAGUACAGGAAGGCCAGGUAACCCUGACCCGAACCCCAAAUGGACAUUGCUGUACCGUGCCACUGAAGCCUAUGGUCUUUCCAGUCUAUUCCCUUCUGACUGGGACGGGCUGAUGCGGACCUUUAUCAGCGACGACCGGCUCUUCCAGAAGUUCUGGUACUUCAGACAUAAAGGACAUGUCUCAGAGCCCUGCAAGGAGACCUGCAAAACCACAGUGCUCUGCUUUCUGCGAAGUGGGCGAUAUGAUGAGCUAGAGCAGUGUGACCUCCUCAAUGGUUUUGGGGGAAACUUGGCCCGGGCUGCUAGAACAACCCUUUGUUGAGUUGAGGAAGUCUGGACUGAAUGGUUGGUUGGGUUGGGAAAGCAGUAUGACCAAAUGAAAUUGAGCCUAAGAGUUCUUUUUUGUUUCUUGUUGCUAGUUAGUCAUGUAGGAUUGUUGUAUUUGUUUGAUUACAAAGUAAAGUAAUUUGACAGCAAUUACCAUGACAGUUUAUGUGAAUUUCAUACAUCUGACAGAGUUUAAAUAAUUCUCAGAUAUGCCUUGUAUUGACUGAUUGUAUUUGGCAACAGCCUUGGGUUUGUUAACUGCUGUUUUGCAAUGCCAACUGCUAGAAAUGUUUCUGAAAUGUGUUCUGUUUACUUGAAAUGCAAAUAAUGGCAGGGAUAUUUGAUAGUUUGUUCAAAGUCAGUAAUCUGGGCAGCAGAUAGUGCAGUCUGCAGGCAGUUCUACUGUACUGUGUGCCUUGUAUUGGAAAAAAUGUAAAAUUGUAAACCUCUCUAUCCUUACACAAUUCUGCAAUUAUAAAAGCUGGCUACAUGCUGUGCUACUACAGAGAAUGGACCUCCAUUAAAUCCCAGUUUUCAUCAAAGGUCAAAGGCUUUGAUUCUGGAGUAAUGGAUCUCAGCUAUCAUUUCUCAGGUUUGAGCUUAGCUGAGUUGUUAUGCAGCAUGCAAGACAAUUUUAAAUAGCACAGUUAUGGUCAGUUAGGUCAGUUUGUCAAGUAUCUAAUUUUAAUGCGGAGCUGCCUCAGUCUUUCAAACCUAAAAGAACAGCAUUUCCCUUUGAGGUUUACUUCCGUCUGCACUUUAAUUCUUUGUUGGGUAGUUCACUUGUAGGUUGAAUCGAGAACAGUCUUGAUAGACCCGAAGUGUGACAAGCAUGGAAAGGUUUUCAGAUCUUGGUCUAUGUUAUUUGUGUUGUUCAAAGAGCGUGACAAGUAAUGCAGCUUGUAAAAUAAGCAAUAAUUUGAAGAGAUUGUAUGAAUUGUGAAUAAAAGAUGAAAUCUGA